CACUAUGGCGGCCUACCAAAAAGUAACUCAUAUGCUUUACCCUGAUACUUCUGUAACACUAGCUCUAUUUGCUAAUGUAGAAUCGUGUAAAAAUCUGAGAAAAUGCGUUAUGGAAGGAACUGUAGAAGCUGCCCUGCUUAAGACUGCUAUGAUUGUAGAUUCUUUUCAAGUUUUGGUUGCAGCAAAUAAAGCAAUCCACCUGUACCAUACUAAGUCUAUGAUGACCAAAAAUGUUCACUCGGAAAUACUCUACUGCUUGUCACCAAGUAAAAAUAUUUCAGAAUCUUUCCGAUCCUUCGGAGCAGCUGAUGGAGAAACAAGUGUUUUCGUUGCCAUUGUUAAUGAUGCAGAAGAUAGAACUCUCAAGAAGGUCACAAACAUUUUAGGCAGAGAACCUGAUUCACUCGACCUGACGUCAACUUUAUCUGAUAAAAAACUAAUAGCUAAGACCUACAGACUAACAGAUGAUGAGUUGUCUACAUUUAGUCUAUUAGAUACUUUAGUAUCAAGAGUAGCAGCCAAAGAAAUUAUUACAGCAGGCAAAGGUCAAAGUUGAUAUUGGUAUACGUUGUAGCAGAGGAUGUUUUUGUGCACACAUGAAUGGGGUGUCUGUUAUUUGUACAAUGUUAAUUUCAGAUUGCUUGUUUCUAAAAGCUGGUUUUGUAUGGAUAAAUGAUGCAGUUUAAAUGUAUUACUAUCAUACAACAUCAAUUUGAGUUUUUCAAGGCUAAGAGAAAAAAACACCUUGAUUUUUACCAAAAAAAAAACACUUUAUGUCCAAGUAAGGAUGCUAAGCUUUUUGAUUUGUAACUAUUUCUAUAUUAGAAAUGAAAAUUUGUUGGUUUCUAAUAAUCUUACCUACAAUAUCAUUUGCUAUAAUUUGAUAAGUUGAGAUAGGGAUAUAGUGAGAGAUAGAGUUUCUGUGCUUGGACUGAAAGCUGCUAUCUAUGAUGUGUACAUGGGAUCAUAAUCUAUUAUAUAUUCUUUUGUUUGCUUUAUAAUGUCCAUCAAUUUAUUUCUUUGGACUACAAUGCAUCUACAGUUUAUAUUUGAUUGUCCAUAUAUAGGUCUAAAGUAAAGUUGCAAGCUGUUGGUUAUAAUGGAAUAAUUGAACUGUUGCUUCAAUAAAUAAAAAAAAUGAUAAACAACUAAACAUAACAUGAUAAACGACAAAGUCAAAGCAUGAUAGACAUCAAGGCAUACCAUGAUGGACAACAAAACAUAACAAGAUAAAAAAUAAAUUCAUAACGUAAUAGAUAACACAUAACAAAAUCGAUAAUAAAACAUAACAUGAUAAACAAAUUGAUAACAUGAUAGACAACAAUUUCAUAACAUGAUGUACAGCAUGUUUUCUCUGUUACUUGUAAGCUCAAAGUUUUUGUUUUAUUUUUUUGACAAUAAAUUUGUAAUGUCUGCAGAUGAUAUGAGGUCUGUCUGCUAUUUGAUUGUUUUCUUGAAUGAAGUGUGUCUAGUUUUUGUUUUCUUGAAUAUGAAGAAUGUCUAAUUAUCAUAAAAUAUUUUUUUGUUUGUUUCAUUCAUUCUUUGAUAAAGAUCAGAAAAGUUGAUAUUUGUUGGGAUCAAGAUAUUUUUGUCAUCUUCAUAUUAAGUUGUCGUGUGUGUGUGUGUGUGGAACUUUUCUUUUAAAAAGCUUAUAUCAACUCUGUCUGUCUGUCUGGUAAAAGGUUUGAACAUUGGCAACAUGUAAAUAUUAUCUUCCACCAAUUCUGGUUGUCACUUUAAAGUUUCAUUUGGAAAGGUUGUAUGUUUUGAAACUCGAAGAAAAUUGUAUUUGAUCUUUGCAA